AUGCCAAUUAUCUAUUCAUUAGUAGCCAGAGGAUCCUCAGUAUUGGCAGAGUUUACCAAUACUACUGGUAAUUUUACAACCAUUACCAAAAGAAUUUUAGAUUUAAUUCCACCAAAUGACACAAAGAUGUCAUAUGUUUACGAAAAAUAUAUUUUUCACUAUUUAGUAAAUGACCAAUUAACAUAUCUUUGUAUGGCAGAUGAAGAGUUUGGUAGAAGAAUACCAUUUGCAUUUUUAGAGGAUGUUAAAAAUAGAUUUAAAUCAAUGUAUGGUGAUAAAGGUAAAACAGCAAAUGCCUAUGGUAUGAAUUCAGAUUUUUCAAGAACAUUAGAGAACCUCAUGGAUCACUAUUCAAAUAAUCGUAGUGUAGAUACUAUGAGUCGUACAAUGAUGGAGGUAGACGAAGUUAAAAAUAUUUUGGUAAGUGAUAUUGCUCCACAAUUAUUAAAACGUGGUGAAAAAAUUGAAAUUCUUGUAGAUCGUACUGAAUCAUUAAAUCAACAAUCAUUUAAAUUUAAAAAACAAAGUAAACAAUUAAAAUGUGCUAUGUGGUGGAAAAAUGUCAAGUUAAUGUUAAUCAUUGCUGCUAUUGUUGCUGUAAGUUAA